AAACCUUUCAACAAACAUCAACUUCUGAAUUCUCUGUUUCGAAUGUUGAGUUUGCGGGAGAUUUAGUCACCCUAAAGUAGUUCAAGAGUUCCUAACGUUACGAUUUACUCACCACAUAAUAAAACUGAUUUUUGAGUUUGCUUUAAUGCGAAACUAUGUUAAUCUGGUUACAUUGCAAAUCAUUUGGACUAAUAUUUGAUCUAAGGAUAAUAUUUUAAUUGACAUAUUACUAUUUUACUUUCUAUUCCAUCUGAGUAAAUAUAUAAAAAUGCGUGAGCGCUUCUCUACUGAAGACAGCAAUAAUUCUACGGAAUUUGGUUGCUCUGUGCAUGAACUUCAGGGACUUAUGCAGUUGCGUGGAGCUGAAGCAGUAGAAGUUGUGAAUAAAAGAUUUGGUGGAGCUUCUGGAUUGUGUAAGCGUCUUAAAACCUCUCCAACUCAAGGAUUAUCAAGUCAUGAUUUGGCAAAACGUCGUGAAGUCUUCGGGACCAAUAUAAUACCCCCAACACCUCCAAAAAGUUUUUUUCAACUUAUGUGGGAAGCUUUACAGGAUGUAACAUUGAUUGUUUUAAUGGUGGCUGCAGGUGUAUCACUUUUACUGGCAUUAUAUUCUAAAUAUUUUGGUGGAGAGCAUAGUUCCGGUGAUGAGAGUGAAGGUGAAGUUAGUUGGAUUGAAGGUGUUGCUAUACUUUGUGCUGUUUUGGUUGUAGUUUUAGUAACAGCAACAAACGAUUGGCAGAAAGAAAAACAAUUUCGUGGUUUACAAGAUAAAAUUGAAUCAGACCAUAAAAUGUCUGUUUUACGAGAUGGUGAUAUUACAGAAGUACUAGUUGGUGAUAUUGUUGUUGGUGAUAUAUGUUUAGUGAAAUAUGGUGAUCUACUGCCUGCUGAUGGAGUGAUUCUUCAAAGUAAUGAUUUAAAGGUUGAUGAAAGUUCAUUAACUGGUGAACCUGAUCAAGUGAAGAAAGGUGAAAACAUUGAUCCAAUGUUAUUAUCAGGUACACAUGUUAUGGAAGGUUCUGGUAAAAUGGUUGUUACAGCUGUUGGAGUGAAUUCACAAGCUGGUAUUAUAUUUACAUUGUUAGGUGCAACUGAAGGAGACAGUUCAACUGCUGCACCACCGCCUCCAAUUAAUUUAGCUAGUGCUAAUGAGAUGACACAAAUUUCAAGGAAUACAAAUCCAAACUAUGAUACAGAUGAUAAACAACAACAUGAAAUAAAUAAAAAUCCUAAUGAUCAAUCUAAUGGUAAUAAACAUUCAAUUAAAGGAAGUGGCCAUGUCGCUUUCAGUGGUACAUCUGAAGUUGUGGGACCAGGUAAAAAUAAAUCGGCAGCCACAGGUGGUCGUAUUGAAAAUCAUCAACAUGAUAAUUUAAAUCAGCGUAACAGUUUAGGUAGUGGAGAUGCAGAGGCUACUGAAGAUAGCAGUGAUGCACCUAAAGGUCGUAAACGAAGAAAGAAAAAGUAUUCAGUGCUUCAAGCGAAGUUAACUCGUUUAGCCAGCUUAAUUGGACAACUGGGUACCGUUGUGGCUAGUUUAACAGUAAUAAUAUUAAUUGUAAAAUUUUCUGUCACUACAUUUUAUUUUAACAAAGAACACUGGGAUACAGGCAGACAUUUACAUCAAUUUGUACAGUUUAUUAUUAUUGGUGUAACAGUACUUGUGGUUGCUGUGCCCGAAGGACUUCCAUUAGCUGUAACUAUUUCAUUAGCCUAUUCUGUCAAGAAAAUGAUGAAGGACAAUAAUCUUGUACGACAUUUGGAUGCAUGUGAAACAAUGGGUAAUGCAACAGCUAUCUGUUCUGACAAAACAGGCACUUUAACAACAAAUCGUAUGACGGUUGUUCAAUGUUAUUUUGGUGAGAAAUUAACCCAAAACACUGACCAAUUACCAAAAUUGAAAGAUUUAAAUCAUAGAAUUGGACACAGAUUUGUGCAUGGUGUCGCAAUUAACAGUAGUUAUACAUCACGUGUGAUUAUUCCAGACAAACCAGGUGAAUUACCACAACAACUGGGAAAUAAAACCGAAUGUGCUUUGCUUGGAUUUGUACGCCAUUUAGGCGUAAAUUAUGAGGACAUACGAGAACGGUGGCCACAAGAAAGUUUAGUGAAAGUAUUCACAUUUAAUUCUUUACGAAAGUCAAUGAGUACAGUGAUUAAAAACUUGGAACCUGAUAGGCCAGGUUAUACUGUUUUCACUAAAGGUGCUUCCGAAAUGGUUUUAAAAAAAUGUAGUUUCAUCCUGGAUGCUAAUGGUGAACCUAAACCAUUUAGUAAAUCUCAUCAAGAUAAUUUAGUUCGAGAUGUAAUUGAACAAAUGGCUGGUGAUGGACUACGUACCAUAGGUAUUGCAUACAAAAGUUAUAUCGAUCCUACUGUUGGGCUAUUUUCGAAUGAGGUUCCUCUAAAUCGUGGACAGACACCUGAUUUUGAUGAUGAAGAUACUAUCGUCUCUGAUUUAACAUGUAUUGGAAUAGUCGGAAUUGAAGAUCCUGUACGACCAGAGGUUCCUGCAGCUAUAAGAAAGUGUCAACGCGCUGGGAUCACUGUACGUAUGGUAACCGGUGAUAAUGUCAACACAGCGAGAUCGAUAGCUGCCAAGUGUGGCAUUCUUAAACCAGGUGAUAACUAUAUUGUGUUAGAAGGAAAAGAAUUCAAUGCUCGUGUACGUGAUCCACGUACAAAUCGUGUUAGACAAGAUUUAAUGGAUCAAGUAUGGCCACAGUUAAGGGUUCUUGCACGUUCUUCACCACAGGAUAAAUAUACUUUAGUAAGUGGGAUUAUAGACAGUCAUAUUUCAACUCGUCGUGAAGUUGUUGCUGUAACUGGAGAUGGCACAAAUGAUGGACCUGCAUUGAAAAAGGCUGAUGUUGGUUUCGCUAUGGGUAUAGCAGGAACAGAUGUUGCAAAAGAAGCUUCAGAUAUUAUAUUAACAGAUGAUAACUUUACAAGUAUCGUUAAAGCUGUUAUGUGGGGAAGAAAUGUAUAUGAUUCUAUUUCAAAGUUUCUUCAAUUUCAACUAACUGUUAACAUGGUUGCUAUUAUAGUUGCAUUUGUUGGUGCGUGUCUAAUAACUGAUAGCCCACUUAAGGCUGUUCAAAUGUUAUGGGUCAAUUUAAUCAUGGACACUUUGGCGUCAUUAGCCUUGGCGACCGAAAUACCAACAGAAGAGUUACUUGAACGAGCUCCAUAUGGUAGAACAAAGCCUAUUAUCAGUCGUAAUAUGAUUAAAAAUAUCAUCGGGCAGUCUAUUUAUCAACUAAGUGUUAUUUUCUUUCUGAUAUGGUUCGGUGAAUUACUGUUAGAUGUUGAAAAUGGUCGUGGUUUAAGUGCUAAAGGUAUAAAUCGUCCAACAGAACAUUUUACUGUGAUAUUCAAUUCAUUUGUUAUGAUGACAUUAUUUAAUGAAAUUAAUGCUAGAAAAAUUCAUGGACAGCGAAAUAUAUUCUCUGGAUUAACUAACAAUUUAUUAUUUGUUAUAAUUUGGAUUUCGACAUUUAUACUACAAGUUGUAAUUAUUCAGUUUGGUGGCUAUGCAUUUAGCACACGGCCAUUAGCUUUAGAACAUUGGUUAUGGUGUUUAUUUUUUGGAAUAGGCACUCUACUCUGGGGUCAGGUUAUUAUUUCAAUACCAGUAUGGAUAAUACCAAAGAGAAGACGUAAAAUAGCCAAGUCAAGACGUUUAACAUUAAUUGCAACACAAGAUGCAUUGGGAGUAGAAACAGACGGUCUAGUUACUCAAGAUUUUGUACAUCCACAACUUGCAGAUGGUGGUGUGGUGCAUAGAGCUAGUACAGGUUUUGUUAGUAAAGCGGCAAAUGCGGUUGCUCGUGGUUUUGGUGCAAUUUAUACACAACCUGAAGGUGAGGAAGAAGAGGAAGAGGAAGAGGAAGAUGAAGAAGAAGAUGAUGAAGAUAGAGAGGAUAUAGUUGGUGCCAAUCUACGUAAUACUGGCCAAAUAUUAUGGAUUCGAGGCUUAUCAAGAUUACAAACACAGUCUGCACGUAAACCUAAUUUAGAUAAUCGUACAGAUGAAUGGAUUGGAAGUGUUAGGCGCUUUACUUUAAGUCAGCUUAAUACUGAAGGUAUGACACAUCCUUUAGUUUUAGCAGCUCGACGUCAAAGUACAUCAGUUAAUCGAGGUGGAUCAAUUAGUGCUUCUGGUAAUCUUCGUCAUACAACACCACAAGAUGUUCCUGAAGAAGAUGAAGAACAUGAAUAUGAUGAACGUUUAGAUAAAAAUUAACUCUUUUUGAUCAUUGUUGAGUGACAUUCUUCUUUUGGGGUGAUUCUCUUCUAAACAAUUUAGAUAUUAUACAUAUAUAUAUACAUAUACAUAGACAAGAGUAUUUAUCAUCCGGUUUUAUACAACAUACAACUAUAUAAAUAUACAAGUCUUUUUGCCAAAUGUAGGUUGAAAAUCAGAUUGGACACUCAAAUCUACUAAGUUAUAGCUUAAGGAAACUUUAAAAAUCCAACAAUAAAAAUAAAACGUGUUUUUCAUUUUUUUUUAAUAGUUAAUAAUGAAUAGACUCAAAUGAUUUACAUAUAUUCAACACAAUUUUCUUACACAUACUGUUUUUUUCAUCUUGAACUUAUGCAUUUUUCAAGUACCGAAAAAUACAUUAAAUUGUCUUCACCACUGAUUUUAUCUUUGACUUUCCUAAUCACUCACCAAUUUUGAUCUCAACAUAUAAAAAUAUACAUAUAUAUCUUUAAAUCAUAUGGAUAAAAGGAACAUAUUUACAUUUAAUUUGUAUCCGAUUAGUUUAAUCUUAACAAAACAAAAUUAUUGCUACUAUGUUUAAUAUUAUAAUUUAUAAUUACAAUUAUAACUAUCAGCCCAAUGAUAGACUAUAAUUAUUUUCCUUUUUUUUCCUAUCAUUAUUACAUUUACCAACUACUACUACACUCUUGAUAUUAUUCUUAUAGUUACUGACAUGAUUAUUUUUACUGCUACAAUACGUCUCUUUUAUUCAAUCUUACUGUCCAGCAUCGAAUGUGACUGAAUGAAUACUUUUAUCAUCUCAAAAUGAAAAAUAGACGAUAUAGCAUAUAAUCAUUAAUUAUUCGAUUCGUAUCUUGGUAGUACUUUCUCAUUUAUUCUUCAAACAAAACACUUUGGGAAAGGUUUACUUCAAAUGAAUAUAUAUAUAUAUAUUCAUUGAAUCAAUGUCGUAGUCCAUGAAUUGCAUUUACAUUAGAAUAUUAUCAUUCCUUUGUUUCCAGCAUUUAUUUCUGUUGAUUGUUUGAUUAUAGUCUUUUGAAACGAUGUAAAGAUUAAAAUAUUAUUAAAGUAAAUUGAUCACUCGCUCAAGUUGGUAUGUAAUGGACUUAAAAAUAAAUUACUCUUAAUUCAGAGUUUAUAGGGUUUUUUAAUAUGUUCUUUUAAAGAAUAAUUAAUACUCUAAAAACCUACACAUUGAGUAUGAGAAGUAUCGCCAUACUCAUAAGGUUAUAUAUAAUGAAGUAAUAUCAAGGUGUUAUAUGUUUGUAUCUAUACAAAGUUUCCAUUAUCCAAAAUAUCAUUCAUUCACCUCUGAGGAUAAUAUUUACCUAUUCAUAUUUUUUUCAUUUAAAAUAUGGACUUUUGUCUAUGUCACUAUGAAUGAGUCUGUUUAUUUUUCAUCUUCCUAACUAAAUCUUGAUUUUCUUUUUAAUAUUAUGUUGCCUCAUCUAUAUAUAUAUAUAUAUAUAUAUAUAUAUAUAUAUAAUCUUCUGAUCUAGUAUUUAAUUCAUAUUUCGAUAAAUCUUUAUUGCUCAUAUGGCUCAAUACUUUCAUAGGAAACUAUUCACAAUUCAUGUAUUCAUUGAUUUUUGUGUAGUUGAUGUUGUGUAAAAUCAGUUUACCUUCAUCAUCCUUACCAUCAUUGUAAGUGAACAACUUUCAUCUUUUAGUCUAUGUGAGAAACACGUAUAACAACUUAUACAAUUGUUUUCAUACAAUUAAAACAAUUAACUUUGAUCAGUAACAAAUGAUAAUAGAAUGAGGAUUAAUAAACUGUAAUCAUAUUCAUUUCCCUAAAUUAUCUGAUAAUGGAAUAUUAUUCUAAAUAAAAUAUAAAAAGAAAUAAUAAAUAAGUCAUUUGUAAUUAUGAUAGGCUUAUAGCUAUAUGAUGUAAUUAUGUUAGUUCAUUAUUUACCGAUUGUCAUUAUACAUUAUUCAUUUAUUAUUUUUAAUCAAAAUUAAUAGUUAGAUUAAGCUAAUCAGAAUUGUUUUUAUUUAUUCAGUGUUAAAAACCGGUAAGCAACUUUGAUCUGGUCAUCAGAGGUUGAAUUGAACAAAAUAGUUACCUUUAGCUAAAAAUAAUAUACACAUGUAACUUUUGUUGAUAUUCGAUGAACUCCAAGCAUAACUCCUUCCAUACAAACUGAGUUUUUUUCUAGUUAAGAUUAAUUGUUAUAUUAUUUUAUGUCACUAAGUAAUGUGUUGUUCGUAUUAUAUUACAGAUUAUAUUGACUUGUCAGUUGACCUCUAUCAUAUGACAAAAGAAUGUCGCAAUCAUAAACUUGAUAAUUGAUUUAAGAAAUAUUCUCUUAUUUUAUGAAUACCUAAAUACUGAGUGGAUUUCCUGUAAAGAAACAUUUUUACUAUCAUCAAUCAGCUGAACUAUAAGUUAUCGUCAUAAUUAGUUUCAAAUGACUGAUUCAGCAAGAAGAAUGAUUACGAUUGAAAUAUAUCAGUGAUAGUGUUCUUGAUGGUAAUGGUAAUUAGACUACCUUUGAGCAUUAUGAAAGAAAAGUGUGAAUUUUCCAGAGUUUGUAGAAAUAACAUGUUGAUGACUGAUAUUCGAUUCUAAAUUAAAUCAAAACAAGUGAUUAUUUCGAAUAAUCACAUAACAAAUGAUUCAACAAUGCUGUAAACAUACACCUACAGAAACACUUGGGUAGUAGUACAUUUAUGAAAUUUUCUUUAAACAUAAAGAAAAACAAAAACAAACUCAGCUGUUAUUUCAUAACGGAUAUUUUGAAAUCGAUUACUUACUUAUUUACAAGAAAGACCAACAAAUAAUUGAUCCAUAGUUUACAACACAAAUCCAUAUGACUUCAUUCUAUAAUUUUAUUUAUUUUUUGGCCGUUUCAGUUUCCAUUCAAUCAUUAACCUAGAUAUAGUCAAUCUUAGCAAACCUAAAACUAUUCUAUAGAGGAAAGAAUACUGAUGAUAUAUGCAUGACAAAUGAAUAUUUCUUAUCAAUAAGAACAAGUUUGUUUUCGUUAGUUUUUUUUAAAAAUUGAGUUAGGUUGUUUGCAAAUUAACAAUAUACCAUUUCAAUGAAAUUGCAUUAGCAAAAGAUAUCAAUACAACUAUACAACUAUAAAAUAAUAAAAGAGAAUUUCCGUUAAUUACAUUAAUAUAAGUUGUAAUAAUUUACAAAAUAGAAUAAGAAAAGAGAUUUCAAUAAGAAAUGGGAUUUUGAAAUGAUUAACGACAAAUUAUAUAACAAGAAUAAAAACAGAUUAAGGAUAAUAAUAACGGGUAUAUAUAUAUAUAUAUAUAUAUAUAUAUUGAAUAUCUCUCAAGUUAUUUCAUUGUUAUAUGAACCUUAAAUACGUACUAGUUAUAAAUAACAAUCACUUGGGUUUUCUUGAAGUAAAGAAAAACAAGAUAGUACAACAAUGUGUACUUCUAGACUGGAAAAUGUUGGAUUGAUUUAAAAUAUUGAUUGACUUAAAGUGAAAAACCCGUUGCGCAAAUGAGUGACUAUCUAGAUUCAGUAGCUAAUUGAAUAAUGCGAUAGUUUUUAAAGCGAACAGUACUGUGUUUGGAUCCCAGAGUGAAUAUAAAGUUCAUAAGUUUCAAAUAGAAUAAAAUGCACAUACUGGAUUCUACUGCUAGCCACGUUUCAUCUAUCGUAAAUGAUUUAUAUAUUACGAACCAAAUAUCAUUGCAUUUUUUAUUUAUGUAAACAAUUAUUCCAAAAAGUAACUGUUUUUAAUAUAAACCAAAUUCGUCACUACAGAACGAAAAUCUAAACAUGUAGAAAAAUUCACUUUUUAUGUGUAACCAUGAUUAUUUACAUUUUGAACUUGAAGUUAUUAGAAUAAGGGCUUAUGGAGAUUGUAGUAAUUUUAAUAGUUGAAUUCAUGAGUCGAGUUCACUUGUGCGGGAUCGUUGUUGCACACUGUUGAAGAUUCCUAUGCUAGGACGAAACGGUCUUCCAGUGCUUCCAGGUUUUCAAUGGUGGUCUAGCUUACAUCGACUCAUGAAUUCAACUAUUAAAAACUUGAAGAUAAUGGUCAAGGCGCUUGGUCAAAAAAUGCUUAAUGUGUCGAAUGAUAUGUUACAUAUAUUAUAUAAAUUAUUUGCUUUGACAGGGAAUUUUUGAUUUUGUUUUCAUUCAAUCAAAUAAUCAUUAUCUCAGUGUAAAAUCUAAUAGUACAAACUAAAGGAGAGAAUAAUAUGUAUCAUUCUGAUGCUUUGAAUUUUUUUAAUAUUUAAACUAUUUAAUUUAUAACUCACCGAAUGUUUUACUCAUUACAACUAUGUUCAUUUUGUUGAAGUCAAUAAGCCUUAUUUUAAUCUCUGAAAAAAGUUGAAUAGUGGAUAAUGGUGUAACACAGUAUGUUUAUUUCGUCCUAUUCGAAACUCAUCAACUGGAUAUAUUUAUAUUCUAAUGCUGAUGCUCAUAUAAUGACUUGAAUCUAGUAACGUUCACUUUAAAUAAUAAACACAUUCUCUGAUUUUAUUAAAUUUAAUUAGUAGUUAUCAUAGUUAAUUACAAAGAGAUGCAAUAUUUAAAUUUAAUGAUAGAAAUGUAGGUUUAGUUAUUAGUUAAACAAGUUUACAAUUCAAGCCCUAAUCUUCAUCCAAUAAUAUAUAUAUAUCCAUUUGAAGAAAAAUAUCAUCACAUAUACUUAGUGGAAAAAACUUUUGGAAAGUAGGAUGUAUAAAAUAUGUUACACAUCCUACCUGAACAUUUAAGAACUUUUCUCUUGUUUUAGCUAAAUACUAAUGUUAAUAAACCUGAUGUCCAUGAACAGUUGAAUAGAUAAGCAAAAACUUUGAUGAUCAAAUAUUCCAUGAUACUUCACAUUAGGUAAUCUUUUAGAAAGAUAACAAACAACUGUACUAAAGUUUAAUUAAUAUAUUACUGAAAUUAACAUUUAUUUACAGAUCAUUCAUCAAACAGAUUAGUGAAAUAGUUUACAGAGAUUUAUUUGAUAAUUUUAUUAUAAGCUAUUCAUGAAUAACUUGUUAACAUUUUUUUAAUGUUAUUCUUGUUGAUUUGAUUCGUAUAAAUUAUAUGACCAUUAAGAAUGACGUUUAUUUUAUUUUCUUCUCUCUCGAUUUCCUUUCUUUUUUUCUGGGUUUUUUUUUCCUACCUAAUUGUUGUAAAUGUCAAUUUGUGUUGAAAUUAUGUUUGUUUGUGUGUGUGUGUGUGGAUGGCUUUUUAUGUUUCGUAAAUGUAUGUUUGAUCACAUGUUUGAAAUUGUUUUUCUUUUAUUUUGUCCGGUACGGGUUUUUAUUUUCUACAUAAUAUUGUUUGAUUUUAUUUCCUCUCCGUUUAUAAUUUUUUUCUUUCUUUACUGUCUAAAUUUGUCUACCUAAAUGUUAUUACUUUUGUUCAUUUGAUAUCGCUUUCUUAAAAAUUAUUUAAAUACACUAAUACAAUUUGUAACUGUACUUCAUGUUUACUUACAAAUAAAUAAAAAAAUAGUUGAAAGUUGUACAUGCAUUUCGAGAUCAACGGGAUUCAGAAGAUGAACGUGCGAAUAUAGCAGCGUUAAUGCAUCAUCAUCGUUCAUCAAAAGAUGUCUUACAACCAACAUCAAAGAAAAGAAGAAAAUCACAGCAACUAUAUAAGAAUAAUAAUGACAAUAAUAUUAUUAAUUCACAUCAACAAUUCCAUCGUUACCACCACCACCAACAGCGACGACAACAACUUCAACUAACAGAUUCCACAGACUUUUCUCCUACUUUCCCAGUUACAUCAAAUAAGUUGGGAGAAAAAAUUGCAGAAGGACAUCCACUGUUAGUUUUAGAGCUAACUAAUGAUGAAGAAAAGUAUCAUGAUAGCAAUCAGCAUUGUGAUAUCAACGAUGAUGGUAAUAAUAUCAAUGUUAACACUAGUCAACAAAGACAAGAUCAUGAUCAGGAAAGUACACUUGCCGGAGUAACAACAAUGAAAUGCAAGAAGAGUAAUGAUGAUAAACAGUUUAAAGAAACUGGUUAUGAAAUUUCAAAGGAAACUACAGACAAUAUGAUAAAUCCAGAUCUUGAAGAAUGGAUUAAAUCUAGUUGGUUACAUGAUUCAAGUGGGCAAGAAAACAUAAGCUGUACUGUGCCAGAAUCAUCAUAUAAUAUGGGAAAUAAUUUUCAACUACAAAAUAAUCCUUCAGCAUGUACAUUUGAGCGUCAAGAUUCAAAUACCGUUGUAGUUGGAAGAAAUCAACAUUCAAAUCGGCCGCAUAAACAAAGAAGAUCAAGUAAACCACCUGCUCCGCCACCUCCAUUUAAACAACCAUUUAGUACAGCUACCUCAGACAGCUUUAAUUUAGUUUAA